AUGGUGAUAAGGGCAUGUCAGUGUGCCCAGACCUCUGUGAACAUGCUGCAUCUGAUCCUGGCUGCACUUUUAUUCACUGAAUACUUCAAACAUGUUGACAGCGGUCCUGUACGGGAGUCCAGUAAAGCAUUUAAAGAAAACUGGGUCAGCAUAGCGUUGCAUUAUAUGGAGUCUUACCCAGAAACUUUAGAAGAGCUAGUGUCUGACGACAUUACAAUGAUGGAGGGUGAUGUGAUGCUGCCAACUGACAGGAACGCAGUACACCACAUAUGGCAAACAACACAUAUACCGUAUGUCAUCAGCCCAGAGUUAGCCAGUCGGACAGACGACAUCCUCUCUGCUAUGAAGAUGGUGUCAAAAAACACUUGCGUGUCCUUUCACAAGCAAUACUCUGAGACGGACUACCUGUUCUUCAACACCAGCACAGGCUGUGCUUCAUUUGUGGGCUCCAUCGGUGGCCAGCAGCCCAUAUACGUCGGGCCGCCGUGCAGGGUGGGGAAUAUCGUGCACGAGAUCCUUCACGCUCUGGGCUUCCACCAUGAGCACACCCGGAUGGACCGCGAUCAUUACAUCACAGUUCUCUCUCAUAAUAUUAUGGCAGGCAAAGAGAGAAACUUCAAGAAGCAACAAGGCGAAACCUUUGAAAUUCCUUACGACAUAAAGUCUAUCAUGCACUAUGGAGGGUAACAUGUCUGAAAUCUAAAGACAGUUCAGUUUUUCUCUGUCAGAGCUGUUACGAUGCUGUUUUUAUUCCUGCUUCAGUGGGUUUUUUUCAGCUAACGG